AUUAAACUCGUUGGACUCCCGCUUUGCCUUCGGAAGUACAACAUUUAGACGUCUUGGUGGUUCAGCAGCACAAAGAUGAGCGGAGACUCGGACGGUAAUAAAGAGUUUCACGAACAGCUCCGUUUGCAGCAGCUGUAUGGACAGGGGGCAGAAGGUAAAAAUGAUCCAUACACCUUUGUCGAUCCAGAAGACGGAACUGCGUAUGACUGGGACCAUGAAAAGCGGGCGUGGUUUCCAAAGAUAAAUGAUGACUUCAUUGCAGCAUAUCAAGCAAAUUAUGGGUUCAAUGAAGAAGGUGUCCCUGAUCCGGCUGCUGCUGAAUCUCUUCCUGGCAAACCAGAAGAGCCCAAGAAACCAAAGGAACCUAUGAAACCAGAUGAACCGAUGACAUCAGAUGAGAGUUCCGACGCAGGAAAAGCUAAAGCAGAAAAGAGAAAAGCAGAUCCAGGCUGGUUUGAAGUUGAAAAGGCUAAAAACACAAAUGUCUAUGUGACAGGUCUUCCUCCAGACAUAACUCCUGAUGAAUUUGUAGAGGUCAUGUCCAGAUGUGGAAUCAUCCUGCGUGAUCCGAUCACAGAGGAAUAUAAAAUCAAGCUCUAUAAGGACAAGCAGGGGAACCAAAAAGGAGAUGGACUUUGUUGCUACCUGAAGAUAGAGUCUGUGGCUCUCGCCGUGCGCCUCUUGGAUGAGACAGAGAUUCGUGGCUACAAACUGCACGUGGAGGAAGCGAGAUUCGAGCUCAAAGGAGACUAUGAUGCCAGCAAGAAAAAGAAAAAGAACAAGGACUAUCGCAAGAGGCUCCAGCAGCAACAAAAACAGUUGGAUUGGAGGCCGGAGAAGGCCGGGGAGGUUCGCAAAAGGCAUGAAAAAGUUGUCAUCAUUCGAAACAUGUUUCAUCCAAGCGAUUUUGAGGAGGAUCCUCUCGAGCUGAAUGAGUACAGAGACGACCUCCGAACAGAAUGCGAGAAAUUCGGCCAAGCGAGGAAGGUCAUCAUUUUUGAUAGGCACCCUGAUGGAGUGGCCUCCGUUUCUUUUAAAGAAACUGAAGAGGCGGAUGCAUGUUUGGCCGCCCUGAAUGGACGCUGGUUUGGAGGGAGGCAGCUAUCAGCACAGCUGUGGGAUGGUGUUACUGACUACCAGGUUGAAGAAACAUCACGAGAGCGAGAAGAGAGAUUGAAGGGCUGGUCCACUUUCCUGGGUGUCGAGAAUGCCACAGCAGACUCUUCCAAGGGAGAAACGCAUAGUGCAGAAAAUAAAAACACAACCACACAAGUUAUAGAAGAACAGGCCCAACAGGAGGAGCAGAAGGAAGAGCACAAGGGAGAACAAUCGGAGGGGGGUGAGAAAGAGAAGGGGGACACGGAAGGAGGAAUGGCAUCAACCGACAGCAGUUUAGCAGGAAGUGACGAUGAAGAUGUGUAGAAACAAGUGAAAAACGUCCCAUCAUAAAAAACACUCAACAGAUGUGUUGUCUGCUGUGUUUUGCAUUUGAUUCCUUAUCGCUCAUGAUAUAUCUGUGUAUUUUAACAUAUAAAAAUCUAGUGAUUUGGAGGGAAAAUGUUAACAUUUGACUGUACAUAGUAAUUUGGCUUCCUCAUUUACCUUUAUGCUCCUGCAUUUCAAUGUCUUAACAUCUGUUAAUCAUUUUAUAAUAAAACCAUUUUGUGCCCA